AUGUUCCGCACCGUAGCACUCGCCUCGCCCCUCAACACGGCCAACCAUCGCGGCGAGACCUUCCUUCACAUUCUGGACCCGACAUCCCUCCCGUGCGGCCAAUUGGCGCCUUAUCACACAGCACCUGCCGGCAAGGGAUUCGUCCUCACCCAGCUCGACGAAACCGGCCAGACGUUUAUGUCGGGGCUGAUGUUAAGUUUGUCGUCUACUCUCGAGUCGCUUGAAGCAGUGUUUCCAGACCUCCCCGAACCGGACCAUCUGGCUCUCGUGCUCUCGGACCCGCACUCGUGCCAGUCAUGGACGAUAUUCGCCCCCGGUUCGUUGCGGAUCAUUCCGGCACAGCAGAGUCCGUUGAGGUCUACUGCACGUACUUUACGGCCCGCUAGUUCUUCGUCUGGCGGCGACAUCUCUGUUUUGAUCGAAAUGAGUUCUGGUUAG